AUGUCGUUGGCAACUCCCAUCUCCGGUGAUGUGGGAUUAAGCUCUUCUGCGCGGCACGCAUAUGCAAAUGAGUCCGAAGACGACGAUCCGGUCUCAAACUAUGAACAGGAUGAAGCCAUUUUUGCGGAGGAUCCUUUUGCGCAAAACGAUCCAGAGCCAAUAUCCUUCAAGCGCAAACAAAAACAACCUGCACGCUUCAGCCUAUCAAACGUAUUCUCCGGCUCUGGCAGCAGUACAUCUCAUAUCCCUGCGGCUUCGUUAAAUCAAGAUGCAAAUUUGAACGACUGGUCGAACUUUGCAGACGACCCAACCGCGGCGGCCACCAAUGGUGGUGUUGGCGCUUUCAAAGAAGAUGGACCUCUCGAUUGGUACGUUGAAGGACCAGGCCGGAGGUUAGCAUACGAUGAUAUGACUGCGAUUGAUUGGGUUUUUGAGUAUACCAAGGAGCGCCAAAGGAAACGACUUCUAUUCUCGACGGGACAAGGCGUUUUAGGUCAUUUGCGUCAAUUAUUGGAUGGGAGUCAUGUCUGGGUGGUCUUAGUCGCCACAGGCAUCGCAGUUGGUCUACUUGCGGCCGGUAUAGAUAUUGCGAGCGAUUGGUUAAGUGAUAUCAAAACCGGCUACUGCAAAGGGGAAGAAGGCUUCAGCCAAUUUUAUCUCAAUCGUGGAUUCUGUUGCUGGGGUCAUGAAGAUUUUGCGGAGUGUUCGGGAUGGAUACCAUGGAGAAAGGCCUUUAAGGUAACCUCUGCUGGCGGAGGUUAUGUAGUGGAGUAUAUACUCUUUCUAAUGUUUGCUGUCCUUUUUGCAACAUGUGCUUGUAUAUUAGUACGAAGUUACGCCCCAUACGCCAAACACAGUGGUAUUCCUGAGAUCAAAACAGUCUUGGGCGGCUUCGUCAUGAAGCGUUUCAUGGGUGGAUGGACUUUGGCCAUCAAAUCUUUAGGGUUGUGCCUUGUGGUUGCUUCCGGCAUGUGGGUAGGCAAAGAAGGUCCUCUCGUGCAUGUCGCAUGUUGUUGUGCGAACAUUCUCAUGAAGGCAUUCGAUACUCUGAAUAAUAAUGAAGCUCGAAAACGAGAGGUUCUAUCCGCUGCUGCUGCUGCAGGUAUUUCUGUUGCUUUCGGCGCACCAAUCGGUGGUGUACUUUUCAGUUUGGAGCAACUCUCUUACUAUUUUCCGGAUAAAACAAUGUGGCAAAGCUUCGUGUGUGCGUCCGUUGCUGCCGUCACACUGCAGGCGCUAAAUCCUUUCCACACUGGCAAGAUUGUGCUUUACCAAGUGACCUAUACCAGAGGAUGGCAUCGGUUCGAAAUAAUACCUUUUAUGAUACUCGGCAUUGUCGGUGGCUUGUAUGGAGGACUGUUUAUCAAGCUUAAUAUGAAGAUAGCUAGAUGGCGCAAGUCUAGAGGCUGGGCUUUUCCGCUCCUCGAAGUAGCUUUGGUCGCAGUCAUCAGUUCUCUGGUGAAUUUUCCAAACAAAUUCAUGAGAGCGCAAUCAUCAGAGCUGGUGUAUCAGCUCUUUGCCGAGUGUGCAACGACGACAGAUGAUCAGCUUGAUUUGUGCAAGACCGGUGCGGCAUCAUUCGGUGUUAUUGCACUACUGCUUUUGGCAGCUAUAGGUGGCUUUUGCUUGGCAUCUGUAAGCUUCGGCUUGGAGAUACCGGCAGGCAUAAUUCUCCCUUCUCUGGCAAUUGGUGCAUUAUUUGGUCGUGCGCUUGGAAUCGCUGUUGAGAUGUGGCAAGCUGCAUUUCCAACUUUCGUUCUCUUCGAAAGUUGUCAGCCAGAUGUACCCUGCAUAACCCCGGCAACAUAUGCGAUCAUAGGCGCUGCAUCAGCCCUUGGAGGGGCUACCAGAAUGACAGUCUCAAUCGUUGUGAUCAUGUUUGAGCUGACCGGAGCCUUGACCUACGUGAUUCCAAUCAUGAUUGCAGUCAUGCUCUCCAAGUGGUGUGGGGAUAUAUUUGGCAAACGCGGCAUAUAUGAAUCAUGGAUUCACUUCAAUGAGUAUCCCUUCCUGGAUCAUAAAGAUGACCGGCCUCCACCAGAUGUCCCCGUAUCGAGAAUGAUGACGAAUGUCGAUGACCUCACAGUUAUCCCUGCAGUUGGCCACACUAUUGAAUCAUUGAGAAGUCUUCUCGCUCAGACACGCUACCGUGGCUUUCCAGUCGUUUUGGAUACAUCCAAUCCGAUUUUGCUUGGCUUCAUCACUCGAAACGAAUUGUCAUAUGCAUUGGAAUCCUCUCUAUCGUCUUCGACCCGCAAUUUGGGCCCAGAGACACAAACAUACUUCGUCCACCAACCUUUUGCUGAUCCUGGCGAUACUCUCGACCUACGGCCCUGGAUGGAUCAGACCCCUAUAACACUCAACAGUCACACCAACUUCUCGAUCGUAUUAGGCAUGUUCCAACGCCUCGGCUUGAGAUAUGUUCUCUUUGUCCACAAGGGCAAUCUGAGAGGCCUUCUUACCAAGAAAGAUGUCUGGUUCAUUCUCAACGGUAUAGAAAACCGACGCGAAAAAGAUUUUGAAGAGGGUCCACGAGAUACCAAUAGGCCGGAAGCAAUGGGACUUCUUGUUGACGAAGUAUCACAAGGGAAUACCGAGGAUAUCGGCCUCAUGGAAGGUCGAAAUUCAAUGCAAUCGUUAUGA